AUGUCAUCCCCGAGCGCAGGAAAAAGGAGAAUGGAUACUGAUGUGAUUAAGCUAAUAGAAAGCAAACAUGAGGUCACUAUAUUGGGGGGAUUGAAUGAAUUUUGUGUUAAAUUUUAUGGUCCAAGACACACACCUUACGAGGGAGGUAUUUGGAAAGUUCGAGUUCUUCUACCUGAAAAUUAUCCAUUUAAAUCUCCAAGCAUUGGAUUUAUGAAUAAAGUUUAUCAUCCAAACAUUGAUGAAGUUUCUGGUACUGUUUGCCUAGAUGUCAUUAAUCAAGCAUGGACAGCCUUGUACGAUCUAAGUAAUAUAUUCGAAUCAUUUUUACCACAAUUACUUACUUAUCCAAAUCCGAUAGAUCCGUUAAAUGGAGAUGCUGCCUCUAUGUAUCUUCACAAACCAGAAGAUUACAAAAAAAAGGUGGCAGAAUACGUUCGUAAAUACGCAACAGAAGAAGCUUUGCGGGAAGCAGAGCAAAACACGCUAAGUUCAGACGAAGAAAGUUCCAUGUCGGACUUUAGCGAAGACGAAGCACAAGACAUGGAAUUAUAA